CUGACGGAUCAGCUCAGUCGUCGACAGGUCAGAGUUUACCAGCUCUACAGCCGCACCAGCGGGAAACAUGUCCAGAUACAGGGCAAAAGAGUCACCGCCACCGCCGAGGAUGGGAAUUUAUACGCUCGCCUGUUUGUGGAGACGGACACCUUUGGGAGUCGAGUGAGAAUAAGAGGUGCAGAAAGUGGCCGCUUCCUCUGCAUGAACCGGAAGGGGAAACUUGUUGGAAAGAACAAUGGUCAAACUUUAAAGAUGUUCGGCGGGGACGACGAAGACGGGGACUUUUUGUCACCCACGGGAGGAGCCAAGUUGGCUUCCCUUUUUGGAUUAGACAAGGAAACUAGUCAGGGGAACGAGUCUUUCCAGUACACUGCACCAAAACAGCCCAGAAAGAGCUCCAAUCCAGCCAAUCAGAAACCAGCCCCGACACCGAGUGCUCCUGCAGUGUUAUUUGUCUCAGCGGUUCAAGCCUUCAGAUACAUUAACGGACAAUAUGUGAAGCAAGGAAAGCUGGGAGCAGCUGUGCUGGGCAACCACUCAACAAAAGAGUACAAACUUCUCCUGUACUUGAGUCAACAGAAACAAGUGGCCGCUGCCAAGAUUCAUAUGGGCUUUAUUUUCACGGUUCAGCCAAACAAUUACUGCACUUUUUACGAUGACCAGCGGCAGAACUGGUCCCUGAUGUUUGAAUCGGAGAAAAACGCAUUGGACUUCUGCAAAGAGGUAUGUUUGGCUAAAGCAAACAGCUCCUCCUCCUUGAAUUCUGUGGUGGCUCAGGAUCUGAUUCUUGGUGAAGGCCAAGCCGUGGAGACGGGAGAUUCUCUGGAGGUGGUGUACACAGGCUGGCUCUUGCAGAACCACGCGAUUGGACAGAUAUUUGACUCCAACCAGAACAAAGACAAGUUGCUGAGACUUAAAAUCGGAGCUGGAAAAGUGAUUAAAGGAUGGGAGGAAGGUAUGCUUGGGAUGAAGAAGGGAGGCCGUCGACUCAUUAUCAUCCCACCCAGUCUAGCUUAUGGAUCCAAGGAAAUACCUAAUCAAGUACCGGCUAACAGCACACUUAUCUUUGAAGCAGAGCUACGACGGGUGAAAUAUUCCAAAGACAGUGCUUCUGAUCAGGGGAGUGCCAGCUCCAGAGACUCCGCUGCUCCUUCUCCUGCUCCCAGUGUGGAAAGUCUCAUUUCAGAAGCCCCAGUGCCGACAACUGCUUCUGGUCCAGGCAGACCAGGGGAGCCGCCACUUCGUGCAAAGUCAAACUCUCUGAACGAACAGUUUGCUAAUCCAGACGCCACUAAAGCCAAGCUAAUUUCUCGCAUGGCUAAGAUGGGUCAGCCCAUGCUACCAUUUCUGACCGGAGCAGCCAACCAUCCAGAAUCCAGUGACUCUGAAUUUGAGGAUACAAGUGGGAACAGAGGAAUGGACGGUCUAAUGGCUUCAUCUGCAAUGCACAUCCCAGCAAAUGCUCCACCUUCUGCACACGUACAUCCUCACCCCCACACGGCUCCGACCUCGGCCUUACUUCCUGUUAUGGCCUCUGUUUGCUCCCAGUCUGGACUGCCAGGCAUGAACCAUGCCUUUCAGCCUCAGAUGCAGCCUGUCCCACAGGCCUACCCUGCACAGACAGUCCCAUACAUGGGUUCUGGUGAUGUGACUUCCUUCUUGAUGACCGAAGCAAGGCAACACAACACAGAAAUCCGCUUAGCGGUGGGAAAAGUGUCGGAUAAAGUGGAUCAACUAGCCACAAAGAUCGAUGAUCUUCAAAGGCAGGGAAAUAAUUCUUUGAGUAUGUCAAGUAUGUCAAUGGAAACUUCUAUGAUCAUGCACAGUGUUCAAAGAAUUGUCCAGGAAAAUGAAUGUUUGAAGAAGGAAGUUUUUGAAAAGAGUUCUCGCAUUGAAGAGCAAAACCAUAAGAUUGGGGAUCUCAUCAACCAAAACCAGAGGUAUAUGGAGCAGAGUCACCUGCUUCUGGAGCAGAGGAACGACUCCCUCAAGUCCUCCUGUGAACAGAACCAGGCAAGACUGCUGCAAGCUGAACAGGACAAGGUCCAUCUGACCGAGGAACUGGCUUCAUCUACAGCCCGGGUGUCUCAGCUACAGCUUGAGGCUUCAGGUCUCCAGCAAAAAGUUUUGGAGCUGCAGGGUAAACUUGGCUGUGCCCUGGAAGACAGUGAGAGCCACUGCAAACGCAUCGCCUCUCUGGAAACACAGCUACAAGAUGUGCAGGAGGGGGCAGAGAAGGUCCAGACUCAGUACCGCACAGAGAGGCAAAGACGCAAAGAGAUGGAGCAGAAAGUCAACAUCAUGGAAGAGGAGCUGCAGGACCUUAAAAGUGACAAAGAGAGUCUGGAGUGGACUCUUUCAGAGAGGAAGAAGAAAUGGCAGGCAGAGCGACAGCACUGGGAAGAGGAAAUGAAGGAGCUCCGGAAGAACAGUCAGCAAGAGCUGGACAACCUUCGAGCUCGUCUUCGCCAGACCAGAACCAGCAACGACAACGCCGCGUCUGAACAGCUGUCUCAGUUACAGGUGGAACUCGAGGAGGAGUGGAAGGGGAAGUGCGAGCAGACUUUGGCUUUGGCUAAAGAGGAGCAUAGCCGAGAACUGCAUGGACUAACCGAACAGAGGGAUGCUCUGCAGGACAAGCUAACUCAGCUGCAAGAGAAGUUUAUGGUUCUGAAGCAGUCAAGAAAUUCAGAAGAACAGAAUUCGCUACAUCUCAGCAAGCAAAGUGAAGAACUGCAAGCUCUUCAGGAAAAAUACACAGCUUUAGAGAAGCAGGGAGCAGCUGUCAGACAGAAACUGGAAAAACAAGUGGAGGAGCUGGAGAGAAAAGUGGAGGAGCAGGGGAGUUCAGGGGACACUGAGGCCGAGGUGAAGCGUGUGAUGAAUGGAGUGUUUCAUUCUCUGCGAGCCGAAUUUGACCUCAGUGAAUCUUACAGUGGCCAAGCUGUGUUGGCGGUGAUCGUCACGACCAUUAAAAAUGUAACUCUUCAAUUGCUCAGUGGGAUCGAUAAAGCUUCACCGAGACCAAAUAACAAGGAAGACAGAGCAGAAGAAGUGAAAGAAGAGGAAAGAGAACCCGUGAAACAAGGGGAGAAGAAACCUGAUCAGACCGUACACGCGAAUGGACAACAAGAAGCAACACAGGAAGAAGAAGAAGAAGAAGAAGAAGAAGAGAAACGUGUGGAAGAUGCCAACUCUGGCCAAACCGAUGAGGCUCAGAUGAUUCAGGAAGUCCCAGCAGAGGAGAAAACGGCGCCUGAAUCGAAGGCAUUAACUCCAAUGGAAGAUCUAGAGGCAAGCGAUCCUCACAAGGAUGUGAGCAGGGAACCUUUACCACAGGAACCUGAAACAGUAGCUGUAGAGUCUGUAGUAGCACAAAAGCAAGAACAACAGUCUGCUUCUGACUCUUGUAUGGAGAAAAAAGACUCAAACAAGCUGUCGGAUAAACAUAAAGAUGAAUUACCAGAAGAGAGUUCAGUGUCCAAAGAUGGUCAAGAAAGAAAUGCUACAGUGACCAGCGUGGAGAACGUAGAGCGCGUGGAGGAUAGGGGGAACGUAGGGGAAACCAAUUCGGUUUCUCAGAAGGCCUUUGGACCCCCAGCCAACCCCCCUCCACCACCAGAUGUCCUCCAGAACAUGCCCGCAGAAGACACAAGGAGAGUUGUGAAGGAUAAUGGAGAGGAGCCAUUUCUCCCGCCCUCAACUCCUUCUAAAGCCCCUUCUGCACGCACAGAGGAGGAAGAUGAGGAUGAGAUGAGCCUGAAGGGCCGUCCACCACCUACCCCUCUUUUUGGUGAUGAAGAGGACGACGAAGAUCUGGACUGGCUAAACUGA